AUGUAUUACCGCAACGCCAACUGCGCCGUUGUUGUCUAUGAUAUCACCCAGAGCUCCUCACUGGACAAGGCGAAGUCGUGGGUCAAGGAACUCCAGCGCCAAGCAGACCCAAACAUUGUGAUUGCACUUGCAGGAAACAAGAGCGAUCUGAGCGCAAGGCGUGUCGUUGAGACUGAGGAGGCCCAAGCAUAUGCGGAUGAGGCAGGAUUGUUGUUCUUCGAGACUUCAGCCAAGACUGCAACCAACGUCAACGAGCUGUUCACAAGCAUAGCCAAGAAGAUGCCUCUGGACAUGCUGGCCAACCCUCGCCCAAGAGGAACAGGACUGAAUGCACGCGGAGUUGAUUUGAACCGAGACUCAAAGGAGGCAGGAUGUGCCUGCUAA